AUGGAAGUACGGACAGAGAGACCUCGAACGGCUGGCCGGAUAGCACCGACCGGACGCGUUACUCCGACCAUACAUCAAACAGGUGGAGGAAGAAGAAAAGCGAUACCAGUGCCGCCACCGAGGGUGCCUACCCCUAUGCCCCCCGCCAACAAUAAUCAACAAAAAAACAAUGCGAACGUCGACGCCCCGGCCGCGGUACCCGCUCCGAGGAAAGAGCCACACGAAAACAUCGCCCGGAUAGCGAAGCGGUACCUCGAUGAUAACAUGCAGCAGGCGUGGAUCAAUCCUCGUUUAAUAUCGAUGAUAAACAUGGAGGCGGUCACGUCGACCGAUUACGACUCGUCGAAUCUCAGCCGAAAUUUCAAUCAGGUGGGCUUCAAUACGUACAACUACUCGCAGUACGAGGAGAAAUACAAGCCGCGGCAGGUGUUCAAGUACGGCGACGAGUACUUGGAGUACGGGAGGAACUCGGUCAGGUUUGGUCCGAACGAGAGGUUCGCGAGAUUAUCGUCGAGGCAUCAAGAAGGCGCGAGCAAGAUCGAUCAGAGGUACGCGAGGAGUCACUCUCAGCCGGAGAAACAGCACUAUUCGACGCACGAGGCUCGUUCGAAGUCGCAGGACUCGCGUGAAUUGACGUUCUAUCAGAUCGAUCCGCCGGUGAAACUGGAGAACUUUCAGCAUCAUUCGAAGGCUCAUCGUUCGAUGGUGGUGGAGAAGAGUCAGGGGAAAAAGGAGCUGACCUUUUACGAGAUCGAUGGACCGGCGACGCAAGAGAAGACGAAAGAUGGAAAAGUGGAGGGUUGUAAGGAGAAGCGGGAGAAAAUGCACGGUGGUCAAGAAAAAGUUGUCCCAGGGAAGCACGUGAAGCAGCAGCAGCAGCAGCAGCCAGGCCAUCAGGAACAGAAGACGAACGUCGCGCCGCCGAAUUAUCAGCUGAAUAGGUCCCAGUCCGAUCUCACCGAGUGUCAGCUGCCGAAUUAUUACAGGCAUCAGAAUAAUCCUUACAUCGAUCCGCCCAAGUACAGACAGUUCGAUCGGCCGCCUAGGUACCAAGAGACGCCUCCAAGGACCGAGCCGCCGCCAAAGUACUCGGAGGUGGCUAGGAGGCAGGACGACUAUAAACGUGUUCAGGAGGAGAGGGGCAAACGACAAGGAGGAGGAGGAGGUGGUGGAGCUGUAGGAGGAGGGAGUGUAGGCAUCGGUAGCAGUGGUGGCGGCGGCGGCAGCGGCGGUGGUGGUAACUCCAGCAGGGGAACCGGUGGCACUCAUGGCGCCGAGACGCCCUCUAAUCUAGCCAGUAUCACGCCAACCGCGCGAGAAGCAACACGCGGUCCUUCGUCGCGGUCGCGGCUUCCGUACAAGUCCUGCGACACGCGUUGCCCGAAUAACAAUAACAACAGCCUGUGCAAAGAGGACACGUCCUAUCAACAAGAUGUUCACGACGAGAACGAAGUGAUAUCGUCGUCUAGGUGCCACGUGGAAUCGUUGAAACCGUCGUGUUCCUCGUAUCAUCAUCAGAAUCGUUGUUGCGUAGUCGCGGGUGGUGGUUGCGGUGCCGUUCCCGGCAAUGUCUGUCACGGUGGUCCCGGUGUGCCAUGCGAACCGUCGACGUGCGACAGGUACAAGGGUGCCGUGGAGUCUCUGUUGAAGGCGAGCGAGGCGGUGCAAGGUCGUUUGUGUGAAAGAUCGAUGUUGAAGAUCGAGAAGCCUACGACGACGACGACGACGACGACGACGACGACCAAGGCGAUCCUUCACGCUGUCGAGCCGGGAGUGAUCGGGAAGUGUGCCGAUAGAAUGAAAUCAGCCCAGGAGUCGGCCAAGUCGAAGAGUCACGAUGUUGGUCACGGGUUCAAGGUCGAGAAUAUCAAGUACUACGGCGAACUGAAGGGUGGUUACGACUUCAAGUCGUACGGUACCAUCGACAAACCGGCGACAGCGGUCUCGGCCCACGAGAAAUCUCAUUUACACGGACCGGAGAAGAACGGCCACGACAAGUGUCACUCGAAGACAUCCUCGUCCUCUUCGUCCUCCUCGUCCGCGAUGCAGAGUUACGGCCUGUCCAAGGUCACCGGUGAACGUCCGCCGGAGAAGAGCGUGUACGCCGAUCACUAUUAUCACCGAUCGGCGCACUCGAAGCCACAGAACGCGUAUCAAGUGUACCAGGAGACCAAGUACUCGUACAACGUGAGCGGGGUACCAGGGACGCCGGCGCAGGCAAGCGCAGCCGCGGCUUUCUUCGCAAGAGCAGCACAAAAGUUGAACCUCUCGUCGAGCCCCCAUCGUCGACGUCGCUCAGGCGACGAGAACAUCGGCUCUGACGAGCAAUCUAUUUUUCCAAAUGGAUACGCGGCUCUCCUACUCAAGUCUCCUCCACCUGCACCGCCUGCUCUCCUGCGUAGGAUAGGCGUGAAGGAGCUCACCGGAGUCGGCAAGGUGAAGGUUAUGCUGAAAGUGUCGCCGGGAGAUGGUGGAAGCUUCUUCAACGCGGACAAGAGGAAGAAGCAGGUGACACUGGUGGAUCCAACGUCUGGACAGUCCUCUUCGUCGGACGAUCGCAGGCCGACCGUGGCUGCGCCGAAAAUGUUUGCCUUCGACGCGAUAUUUACCGAGGAGGACUCUCAGACGGAGAUUUGCUCGAGUGCCCUGACAGACGUCAUCCACGCUGUUAUCAACGGAACAGAUGGUUGCCUGUUCUGCUUCGGACACGCUGGGUUAGGCAAAUCUCACACGAUGCUAGGCACACCGGAGGCAGGCCAUACUCUAGGCGCGAUUCCCUGCGCCAUCGCCUGGCUUUUCCGCGGAAUAUCCGAGCAACGGCAAAGAACAGGCGCCAGAUUCAGCGUGAGGGUCAGUUGCGUGGAAUUAACCACCGGUCAACAGCAGCUGAGGGAUCUCCUCGCUGCUCACGCUAACGAUUCCGAGCAGUCGCCGGCUGUGUACUUGAGGGACGACCCGCUGUUCGGCAGCUUGCAGCUGCAGCAGCACAGCGAGCUCCGUGCACCGACUGCAGAACGUGCCGCCUUCUAUUUGGACGCGGCGGUCGCAGGCCGACAACGAGAAGACGGCGACGCUCACAUGCUCUACACACUUCACGUUUAUCAGUACAGCGUCGCCGGCAAGGGUGGAGUGGCCGGCGGCAGGAGCAGGCUUCACCUAAUGGACCUGGGCAAUUCGGAUCGCGGCAAGUCCUCCGGCGGGAUCCCCCUGUCAGGCCUCGGCAAUAUCCUCUUGGCGAUUUUCAACGGGGCGAAGCAUCUGCCGCACAAGGAGCACAAGCUAACCCAAUUACUGAAGGAGUGUCUCGGCUCGUUGACGUGUCACGCGGCGAUGAUCGCCCACGUGUCGCCCAACGCUCAACACUACACCGAGACUCUAACCACCGUGCAACUGGCGUCCCGCAUUCACCGAAUGAGGCGGAGGAAGAUCAAGUUCGUCGGAGGAGGAGCACAGGGAGCGGGGAGCGGCGGAAGUUCCGGCGAGGAGGCGGCCAGACAGAACAGCGAGUGCGACCCAAGCUCCAGCGACCUGUCGGCCGACACCGUGAUCUACGUCGGUCCGAGCACCGACGACGCCACCGACGGCGAGCAUCCUCCCGUCUACAUACCCAGUCUGAACUCUGGGGACAAUCGUUGCGCAAUGGGAAGAAUUCUACGCGGCUCCGUGGCGGAGAGACCGUGCAAAAUUCCCGAGGAACGCAGUCCGGUGCACAAGGCGACGAAGGCUGUGAAAACUCUGACUCAGACCGCCUCGAAACAGACCUCGCCGGCGCACACGGCCACGCCGAAGGCUAGCCCGGCCAGGAAGAGCUCGUCGACCAAGGUUUCCUCGUUGAAAGUGAACGAUUCGCCUGGAAGUAAAAUUCCGGUCGCGGCACCGAGCGGUGGCUCGGACGAACAGUGGAUAGACGGACCUAGGAUCUCGAAAUCGAAGGUGGCCGAGGCUAGACACAUGUUGAAGGAUUCUCAUCACAAGAGAGAGACCUGGAUCGACGGACCGAUGCAGCUAACCGGCCCGCCUACCUUGCAGCUGCACACUCAGCAACAUUCCUCCGGUUACGGGUUCAUGGACAGUCACAAGAAGAGCAUGAUCAGGAAGUGGGUGGAGAAUCAAUCGUCGCAGAUUCAGAAGAGCCGGCACGCUUCCACCAGGGAGUCUUCCAAGAUGUCUGGGCAGUCGUCGCAGUUCAAAGAGAUGACCACGUUCAAGUCGUGCGGAGCGAUCGACGACGACGACACGUCGUUGUCUACGGCAGAGAGCGACAGUCUGAAGAUGAACGAGAUCGAAGACAUCACGGAGAAGUUGGGCGCCAAGCUGAAUCUCCUCAACGUGAAAUCUAACACAGACUCCGGCCUGGAUCUAACUGCCAGUCCUGUAAUGGACGACAGCGUGGACAAAGGGAAGCUGGAUCUUCAGGAGGACGAAGACGACGACGAAGAGAUCGUCGUGCCUCCUCCGUUGCCUCUAAUUGAACCCCUCAGCAACGGAGUGAGCAGAGAAGUUUCGAUGGAGAGCCUGAACUUGUCUCACAAGGACAUCGUACUGCCUUCUAGACACUCCUUGUCCUCGGAAGACGAGAUUCUGGAGAUCGUCGAAGUAGAGGACCUAGAACCAGUUCCCAUGCAAGACUCGUGCCUCCAGGUCACCGAGGAAGACAUCGCCCUGUGCAUGGGAGAGAAUCCUCUGCCGGAGAGCGACCAGGAGGAGCAUCCUCUGAGAAUUCUCAGUCAAGAGAAUCUGACCGUCGUCUCGACCUUCACCGACUCGAUGUCGGUGAUGUCGGACACGGAACGAUAUAGACCACAAUAUCCACCUCCGGUUGGUGCCGGUGUUUUACCCAGGCCGUACUUCGACCACGAGGACUUCCUCGAGCAAGAGACCAGGCACAAGUUCGACCAAUUGGCUCGGCUCCACGAGCUCUAUCAAAGUAAACUCGCGUUGGCCAACGUCUCGAACUCGGUUACCUAUCAGAGGGAGAACUCGAACGUGAACGUCAGAGAAGCUCCAUCCGCCACCGUCUUCCGUCCGCCGUCGCGCUGUCAGUCCUUAUCCCUAUCGGACAUGAUGUUCAACGACAACGCGAGCAAUCACGGCAGCAUCUACAGCGAGCCAGCGUACAUCGCAGGCAAGACCGAUCAGGAGAAGAUCUGCGACAACUGCCGUCAGAGCAUGACCAGACCGGCUACAGCGUCCUAUUGGUACCCUCACAGCGUCGCUCACAUAGCCAGUCCCAGGAGGUACUGUGGCAAACUUGGCGAUUGCAACAUCUCUAGUCUAAGGCAUCCUGACGGCGCGUCCAAUCCGAACCUGAAGGAGGAGGUCGAGAGGUUACCGGGCAACGGGGCGUCUGGCUCGGAUCCUGAGGAGGAGUACGUCGAAGCGAAGAAGCUGUUCACCGCUGCCGAGAGGUCCGAGAGGACUGUCACUGGCAAAUCGGACAUCGAGGAAGAUCAUAUCAAGAUACAAGCUACAGCACCGCUGCAGUUGUCCAUUCCAUCGCCAGCACCAUCCUCGGGCCGGAUGCAGCGCAAGAUCACAAGCCUGGGCUCGUCCCUAGGCCUGAACAAAGAAGGCUACGAUUCCGGUGCCGAUUCCACUCCGAGAGCAGCCAAACUCUCACCGGCAACGUUAUCCAGGCAUCGUGCCGAGAGUUCCGGCUACGAUAGCAUCGUCAGAGACAGCGAGACCAGUAGCAUCGCGAGUGACUCGUCCAGGCACACCGGUGCUCUCCAAGAACACCAAGGUACGGUGGAACAGCGGGCGGCAGAGUUCGGGCUCCGGUCACGGGCUCAGUGCCGGGCUCAUCUGCCACGGGCGCCGUCCGCGCUUCCGGGGAUACUCGCGUACACAAGCGAGGACGUGGACAUCCUGGACAAACGCGCGCGGUUGCGCUCGGAUCCACGUGGCACGAUGUCCAGGAUACACAACCUGCGACUACGGCAGCGCCUUCUUAGGCUCGAGUUGCGCAACGCUAAGCGGCGCCUCAUGGUGCCCGACGCCCGCUGGACUUACGAUCUUCACGUAGAAGACAGCAUGGACUGGCGAGAUCCGUCGUUCCUGGAGGCGCUCGAAUCGGAGACGUGUAUUUUACAAAAGCGAGUGGAGGCCUGCAAGAGCCACGUCCUCUUGAUCACCUGCUUCGACUCCUGUCCGCGGCAGUGCACACGCGAGCCAGAAUCGCCGUCCAGGAUACGGAUCACCUAA